AGAAGAUAUUUACGUAAAAAGUAUCCUCAGGAAUCUUUAAGAGAAAAGGAUACUUUGGACUAUACGCCACGCGACUUAUACUUCUUUGAAACAGGAUCUGCUUUACCUAAUAGUUGUGUUUUUAAUGAAAGUUCCCACGGUGAAUUACAUUCGCUUGCUCUAGUGGAAAAUUGUUUUUUUAAAGACAACAAAACUGUAUUAUUCAACGAGUUGGGAAGACUUUGCUGCCCUGCUCCCUUUUAUGAUACUAUUCGCAUUAAAGAAACCAUAAAUAAACUUAUCCUUACUAAAAAUAAUACCAACGUGAGUUUUCUUAAGUUUCGAGAGGGCUAUUACGAAACUAAGAGACUUGAAAAAAGUUACGCCUCCGGUUCUUCUGAGUUCCGGUUCUUGUUGGGAGCUGCCAGGUUAAUAAAGGAUGCAGAGUUAGCAAAGUGCAUAAUGAGCUCUUAUUUGACCAACGCAAAUGGAAAGUGGGAGGACGACGUUCUUGUUUGCUUUACUAACGGACUUGUCAAGUGUGGUUCACACAACACUGUCAUUGAGUUUUACAAGUUCCUUAAAAAUGCGAAGUUCCCUAUUCCACCAGUUUUACUCCACGACGUCAUCGUCAGUUUUGGCCAUUUAGGCGCUGUUGGCGAAGCUGAGCAACUUUUCAGGACACUUCCCACCAAGUCCAAACCUGCAAUUGUUGCUCUGCUGCGGGCUUAUUAUAGUGGCAACCGUUACAAGAAAGCAGUAAGCUUUUAUUCUUCCUGGCGUCAUCUUCUGCAGCUUGAAGGGGGCGCCGUUCCAGCUUCGGAGAGAGUAGAAAGCGCCGUGUUGUGUCUUCGGAGCAUUGAGAAUUUGGAGGACCACACUUUUGUGAUACACUUGUUCUACGAGUUCGUCAGUCGUCAAAUACUAGCACCGCCACUUUUUGCCUGUGUCCUUCGCUCUUUACAUAUUCUUCAACAUAGCCGAGAGUCUGUCCUAGGAGUGUUGAGGCUUUUUCCUUUACUCAACGUGGGCCUUACACGUGAAGUUUACGAAGCCCUUCUACUUAAUCUGAAACGCUGUAGGAUGCACAAUCUUAUAAUGAACCUGAAAACAGUGCUGGAAUGGAAGUUAAAGGAUGCGACGGAACGCGUUAGGACUCUCUUGACGAAUGUUCGACGUCCGGACUUGGCACUUCAGAUGUUUGAGUAUGCACUCAAUUCACCCUUUCACCGCUCGCGGGCGCUCUAUGAACUUGGCCUCCUUGCGUGCUUUAGAUUGCGCCAGUAUAAGAAAGUGUUUACUUACUACAACCAAAUGGUUUUUACGGACGGCCUUCCCCCUUCGUCGAGGGCUAAUAUUUGUCUCUUGAACACACUAUUACAACUUAAACAAAUGGACAAGGUUAAAGACUUUUUUAGCGAGUGGGCAAAGGUUUCCACUGCAGAUGUAAUUAGCCACACCAUCAUCAACUCCUGUAAUUUUGCCGAAGAUGCUGAGAUGGCGUAUAUCACUUUAAAGUUUCGGCUUCUGCAUUCGCUUGGCACUCGUACAAUACACUUUUAUAAAGUUGUGCAUUGCCUCUCUCUUCGGUGCCUUGACUUGAUAACGGAGAGCUACUCCCCCCAUGAGGGUGGUGGGCUGGAGUCUUCUACGCCAGUAAUUAUCCAAAUCUACGAAAUUUGUGACUUGUUUGAAAAUCUUUACGGCGCCCUUCAUCCGCUCCUCUAUGAUGGCUUAUUUUUGGCUUGCGAGGCCACCAAUAAUGUUAAACGAGCGAGGCGCUACAAACACCAAGCUAAACGCUUGAAGCUUCUUUGGGGAGACGCAUCAUUAAAUACUGUGGCGUACUCGUCUUACAUUCGUCUUUUGGAGAAAAAUGGGCUUUGGAAGAAAGCAAGCGAGGUACAAGCGGAAUUAAGAGCUUUGGAGAAGUAUAAUAGCUUUCAAGAGUUGGAAAAUUACGACAAAAAACUUUUUAAUCCACUUGAAUUCUUUCCGGAGAGGGGUAGUUACUACAUGCAUCAUAAAGCCAUCAACCCAUUCAUGCCCACUUAGUUGCUGUAUUUCUGUAAAUAAAAUUUAUCAGAAUAAAAGUGAA